AUGACUGUGAUUCUGGGUGGCACGUCCACCACGGAGAUGUCACUAAGAUCUGUCGAGUUAUCCGGCUUGACAGGACUGCAGCGCAGCUCAUGUUUGGAAAAGCUCAUGGCGAAGAGUGUUACCUAUGAGCCUAGAGAUGGAAUUUCGCAGAUAUACCUUCUAUUCGAUAAUCUCGAAGAGCUGGUGGGCCAAGAAGUAUCGUACUCAGAUCUUGUGACGCUUCGCCUUCCUCUCAAGACUGUCAAUUGGACGGGCUGCUUUGCACUCACUGUCUACGAUACUCCAGUGCUCAAUAUUUCUUCCAUGUACGGGCUUGAAGAGUAA